AUGACCAACCCGUCACAGGCAACCUUCCGCACCCACCUCACCUCGCUUUCCUUUCACACCCAUUUGCGCCGGCUCUCGUCAUCGUCGUCUCAGUCGUCGCCGAGCCGUAGUGAUGCCAAAUCCGUUGCAGCGGCCAAGGUACCAUCCACCUCGAGCCCAAGUACUGUGCCCAAGGCGACGAACGGCAAGAUGGAUCCCAAGACGCCCCACAUCUUGUCCUUUUCGAACCGCAUCUCGCUCUCGGUCCGCACGCCGUCCUAUCACUUCAAGUCGUACGGCUUGUUCUCGGUCGUGGUCAUGCCUUUGUCACCACUCCCUCCCACAAAUACGUCCAAUACAUCCACCUCCGCAAACGUUCGAUCCCCGAGCGCAGUAACGACCGCGACUGCGACCACCCCGGCCCAUUCUUCUACUUGUCGCAGGAAGAAGGGUCCCGUGACACCGGCAACUGGAAUCGGUGCUCCAUCUACAGAUCUUGAUAUCCUACGAGCGGACGUGUGGAUCGGUGCAUUCGGUCGCUGGUUCGCUUGGAAGUGGGAUGCACCGACCGGGAUAACACCUGCCGAAGUCACCGAGGAUGAUGAGCGGAGGGCACGAGUCAGUCGAAGCGUCAUCAAGAUCACGACCGAGGAUGCCCCUUCCAAACGUGAGUUGUGUUGAAGGGAAGUGUCGGAUCUACAAAGCGAUCCCUGAUCGUGUGUGCUCUCUGCUUGGCAGGUUCAUCCAAGGUCCCGAAGCCUUUGACACUUUCCACCAAUUCCGCCGCGACCUCGUCCACAUCUGAUGACCCCGCCAAUUCGACAGAACCACCUACUUCUCCUACGACCCGAGUCGGCAGAAGCUCCCGUCCCGCCAAACGACCCUUGCGAGGGAUGCAGCGACGGACCUCGCCCAAUUCGCUUGCACGUCUGCGAUCUCAAGUAGAGAGCAACGCUGCUGCGGCUGCCGCGGCUGCGAGUGCUGCACAGGGUCCGGAUAAAACAAGCAAGGUUUCAAAAGACGAAGUCAAGAAGGUCGCAGUAGGGUCCACGGUGACAAAGGACGAGGAGCGUUUGAGAGUGAACAAGGAUGGUCCUACGACACAAGAAGAUGUGGCCAAAACCACCACGACCCCGGAUCGAUCCAAUACCACGCCGACCGGUCGGACGAGCGGUUCGAGCGAAGAUCGGGUCGUGCAGGAGCUUCAGCUACAAGUGGAGGAACUGCGAGCGUCGACGGACGAUGCCGAACGUCGAUUGCAGGAAGAGCUCGAGGUUUUGCGAGGAAGAAAAAGGGACGAGGACACGUCGAGGCAAGAACUGAAGCAACGUACCAAAGUGCUCGAGGAACAAAAACGCAUCGCCGAGCUGCAUCGCACCGAGACCGAGCGCGAGCUCAACGAACGCAAGUCGGUCGUCAGGGCCGCGCAGGAUCGCGUUGACAAGAUGCGCAACGAGAUCCUAGAGAUUGACAAGAAAGAGGUCGAAUUGGCGGAACGCCGCGAGAAGAAGAAGCGUGACCGUAAGGAGCGGGAGCGUAAGCUCAAGGAGGACGUCGAAAAACGCAAGGAGGAGCUCAAAAAGGUCGAAGCGGGCGUGAACGAGUUGGCCGAUCAAGUCGCUGGACUCGAGAGGCGUCUCGAUGCACGUCGCGAGGUGCUGCAGGUCCGACGACACGAGAUCGUCGCUCGCAACAUGGGACUGGGUAGGAACGGACCUGUACAGACCUAUCCUUACGCCCAGCCGAGCGGUGUGAUGUCGAGGUGGAGAGGUGGCGGCGCCGUCGGCUACCCUCACGGCGGAGCGUAUGCCUACUCGAACAACAAUUCCCGCCCCGGAAGCGUUCGCUCCGGUCACUACGACCACUAUCACAGCAAUUAUCAGUCCGCUCCGUCGUCUCCUGUUCAGUCGAGCCCGAUCACGCCCUUCGAUGAUUCCGCGCUUGGGGGCCCCAGGCCGCCGGGGAUGUCGAGCAACCUUGGUCCGGAUGCGCAUCGAUCUCCGACGAGUCAAGGCUUCCUCGAGCACCGCUUGCAACAUCGUCGCCACGACCUUGCGUCGGGCGAGGGCAAUCUGUCCUCAGCCUUCUUGCCCUUUGACUUUGACACUCUCGACGCCCCCGCUUCUUCGGGAAGUCGACCUGCCAGCAUCAACUCGCCUCACGAUGACGCCAACAAGGGCCGCCCGGCGCUCGCGCUACCCAUGCAGUAUCUAGAUUCAGGUCUGCUUGCCGGUGGCGAUUCUUCCUCCAUCAACGGUCCCUUGAGCCCCAUGACGCCGCAUCAGACCAGUCUCAUCCCCAGCACUUUGUUCCACAUGCUCGACGAGGACGACGAGGACGAAGGGCAGUUCGUCAUGCCCGACUCGCCCUCGCUCACCGCGGCCAACGGAGAUGCAUGGAAAGGACUUGACCUCGACCUUGCGAACGACCUGACCAUCGGUAGGCCCAACAGAGCGAGGGAUGCCAGCGUGACCCGGACGGCGGACGGCGACCUCGGUGUGGACCUCUUGCGUCGCGAUUCCAAGUCCUCGGGCGUCAAGUCGCCGUUCUCGGAUGGUCCGUCGUCGAGCGUUGUUGGGUCCCGAUCGGCCGUCAGCUCGCCGGCUCUCGUCCCUGCCAGUACUUCGGCCACGACUACUUCUCCUGCCUCGAGCUCGUUCGCACCCUGGGAUACGCCUGCCGAAGGCAUGCACGUGAACAGACCCUCCUCGAUGGAGCAGCACGACGAUCUGCCCCGCGCUGGUCUCUCGCUCAACCCUGAUGCCAAAGCCUUCGCCUUCUCGCCCCGAGCGACCUCGGCGACGAUUCCCACUUCGUCGAGCACGAACCUUCUACCGACGUUGGUCAAAGGUCGUUCGGCGUCAAACCCGCCUUUGCCUACGGGAAUCGUCGCUUUGCACUCAUCGAGCAGCGGUAACGGCCCCUCGUCGCUCACCGUCGUCGAUCCCUUCUCACCCUCAUUCAACAGCGUCAUCGCCCCUCCCCCAAAGUCUCGCAUGGACUUUGGGCACCGACUCAGUCCAAAUGGUCAUUCGUCCCUCGGUUCGAGAUUCGCUUUCGAUGCAUGGGCUUCGUCACCUCUUACGCCUUCGCCCGAAGCGACGACGCAAGCCUCGACGCUCAAGAGCAACUUCAAUCCUUUCGCUGAUGACGGGGACGACCUGCUGGGUCCUUUGAAGCAGUGA